UAGACUGAAGGACCUUACAGAUAAUUGUAUGUGUGGGGUACAGACAUGAGGUAGUCAUUCAAAAUGAAUGUUUAACACUAUUAUUGCACACAGAUUAAGUCCAUGCAAGUUAUUAUGCGACUUGUUAUGCACAGAUUUACUCCGGAGCUUAUUUAGGCGUGCCAAAACAAAGUGGUUGAAUGCUUAUUGACUCAAGACACUUCAGCUUUUCAUUUGUACACAUUUCUAAAAACAUAAUUCCACUUUGACAUUAUGGAGUAUUGCGUGUAAGCCAGUGACACAAAUUCUCAAUUGAAUCAAUUUCAUAUUCAGGCUGCAACACAUGUGGGAAAACUAAACUAUAGUUAAGUGCUUUAUGUUUUUACACAUUAUCGCCAAAUUAUUGUUUCCACUUCAGUAAAGUGAGUGUACUAUAGAAUGUAUAGUUCUACUGUAAUUGUAUAUCUUUCAAAUUGACUCUAUACAACAACAAAAAAGUCGACAGUGCAUUUGGAAGGUAUUCAGACCCCUUGACUUUUUCCCCACAUUUUAUUACGUUAGUUUUAUUCUAAAACUGAAUUCCAUUCAAAAGCUGUGUUCAUGCUGGCCUGGCUGACACACACAACAGGACUCCUGCUGAGAUGACGCCACCCAUUAUGGAUGAAUCCUGUAUUAAUCCACUGGCAUCAAAGCAGGUUUUAUCACUUCAGAUAUCACCUAUUCACAGCGUUUUGAAUGAGGUUUCUGGACAGAGUCGUGCUUUAGGGGAAGGGGCACUUGGUACCUCGGAGAAUGUGUGACUUCUGUUUGAUCCAUUGAUGAUCUAGCCAUGUUUCUUUGAGUUUUACUCUUUCAAGCAUCCCUUUUGUUCUGACCCAUUCAACAUUCAGAUAAGCCGGUUCUUGCAAAUGCUGUCGGAAUCAGUGUCUGAGAUCAACAGCACAAUAUGGCACUACUGAAUAAGGAGCCUUCUACACUAAUAACAACAUCCGUGUUUGUAUCCCUGUAACAGAAGUGUCAAUGUCCUUCGAGAGUGGCUCCUCGGUGACCCUUACCUUCCAGAUGCCUUUCCCAGUCAUGCACAACAGAGACAGAGGUAGCCAGUCGUCUAGCCGUCAGCCAAUCCAUAGCCAGUCGUCUAGCCGUCAGCCAAUCCAUAGCCAGUCCUCAGCCAUCUAUGCCCACAACGGCGAGUCCAGAGAAAACGUUGCCUUCAGCUUUCUGACGACUCACACCCCUGCCAUGUUACUCUGUGUCAGCACCUACCAUCAACAGUACCUGGCUAUCAUCGGGAGUCUGCAGAUCUGGUACCGUCUGAACUAGAGAGAAGAGAUCUUUACGCCCAAAGUCUCCAGCCUAGCCGAUGGGCAGCUCCACCGUGUCCAAGUACACCGGGAAGGCAAAGACAUUUAUGUCCAGGUCAGUGAUCUCUAUCGGUGUAACGGCAUUCAGAGGAAGAAGGUGAGGACCAAGAUGCAGCGUGGUACGUGUUCAUAUUUAUUACAUAGAACGGAGCACUUAAAUACAAAGUAACAAAAGGAAUAACCGAAACAGUUCUUAACGGCGAUACAAACACUAAACAGAAAACUACCCACAAAACUCAGGUGGGAAAGACUACCUAAGUAUGGUUCUCCGUCAGAGAACGAUAGACAGCUGCCUCUGAUUGAGAACCACACCCGGCCAAACAAGAAAAACAUAGAAAACGAACAUAGAAUGGGCACCCAAGUCACACCCUGGCCUAAC